CUGCAAGUCCGCGACGAGAAGAUGUAUCUUGACAAGGACAAAUACGAAACGUAAUGCUGUAAGCUAGUAUAUACAUCAUGUAUUUCUUCCUAUUGGUUGGGAAGUUUAAUUCUAAGUUCAGGAUUCCAAGCAUGCACUGGCAACAGGAAUCGAUAUUCAUUAUCGAUGCGGCAGUAAUGGCGAUGUAGUGUUACUUUGCUGGAGUUAAUUUAGAAACAGGACCAAAGUCUGUUAAAGAUAUAGUGCUCUGGUAUCACAGGCAAUUAAAAAUGGGAUACAGUUAUUACGAUACACCAGACGGAGAAGAUUGUUUUAAAAAGCUGUUAUAUACAGCAAGGAUUGCUGCUGUAUCUGGGGUAAUUGUUUCUGUGGUCGAUGUACGUUUAUUUUCACGUACCCAAGGUUUUUACCCAACUGUUGCAAGAUUUGCGCAUUUUACCUUUCCAUUUAUUGGAAUGGCAGCAGCGUUUACAGCUACAACUUGCAUUGCUACUUCCGCGAGACAUAAAGAUGACAAGCUAAAUUACUUUCUUGGAGGUUGUGUAGCAGGAGGAGUGUUUGGUGCUUGGAGGAAGAGCAUUUUGGCCGGCUUUACUGGUUCUUUGAUUUUGGGUGCUUUGGCUGUUGCGAAGAAAGUGUCGCUAGAGGAAGGCUGGCAGUUUAUACCAAAAGGUGCUCCCUUGCGAAAGUAUGGGAAUGUUCGUAUGGCACGUCAUGAUUGGACCCUUACUGCACCUCGCCCAAAAACUUGGAAAGAAUCAGAAGAUUAAGGAUUUGUGUUAAACUUAUUAGUUUGAGAAUGAUGAUUAGUGCUGCUGUUAAUGUUUGUAUAUUUAUCCUUGAAGUAGAAUGUAUUCGAUAGCAUUGUGCACAAUAACAUUUUGAGUUCUGUGUGCCAAUGUUACUUAAUUUUUAAAGAAUUAUGUUCCUAGGAACAGUUGAUUAUCACAAGGUUUGUAAGGAUUUCUGGGAUUGCCUACAUUGUUAAUAAUUCAGAUGAUAAAGGCUAUUUUAGAAUAAAAAUAAUUGCUGUGAGUAGAUGUUGCACAUA